UACAUGUAUGUAUUUCCCAAAGUUACGUACAUAACCUUAAAGAAUAAUGCAAGCACAAGUUUGCUCCUGUCAAGCAGUAGGUGGAGAAUAAUUGUGUAUUUUAAAAACAUUCGAAUCCCACCAUGUCUCAAAAAAAGAAAGUAUUAAUGGUGUGUUUAGGCAAUAGUUGUCGUUCUCCGAUAGCAGAAGCGGUACUAUGCGAUCAACUACAAAAAAUGGAUCUUCGUGACUUUUGGGAAGUAGAUAGUGCUGCACUUUUACAAUAUCAUGUGGGUAAAAGUCCAGAACCUAGAGCUAUAAACACUCUUAAACAGAGGGGCAUCAUACAGUAUACUCACACAGCAAGAGAAAUUACAAAAGAAGAUUUCUAUAACUUUAAUUGGAUAUUUGGAAUGGAUAGAUCUAUAGUUUAUGAUUUAUGUCAAAUGCAACCAGAAGAUAGCCAAGCAAAAAUUGAACUCCUUGGAAAAUACAAUCCAAAUGGAGAACUAGAUAUACGAGAUCCGUUAUUUGAUAGUGACAGUACUGGCUUUGAAAAGGCAUUUGACCAAGCUAGCAGUAGUAUAAAAGCAUUUCUAGAACAACAUACAGUUGCUGUUACUAUGAAAUCAAAUUGACUAGAGGAUAGCGUUAAAUGUAAAAUACGUAAGUAUUACGAAUACAUUACUUUAUUUAACUUUACAUCCACUUAUGUACACUUCAAGUAUAUUACGAUCAUCUCCAGAAUAUAUGAAUUUUUGAAGCUUU